GCUAUUGUGUUACACUUCCAUGUUUUUCUCCUUUAACAACAACGCUAAUGUGAACUCCACCGUGGAAACUGUGACUUCUGAGUGAAUUUCUCUGACGCGCUGAGUCAGUUGUGAGUGUGCUCACGUCGCCACAGGCAGCAGAGGCACGGAGCUGGGAGUAAACAUGGCCAGCUGUGUGGCUUUUCAGAGCAAGUUAACCUCGAUCAUGGAGAAGCUAGCUAAAGCCGCAGUGUUGGAAAUCAGCAGAGUGUGGGAGGACGGCUUCGCCCUCUUUCAGGCCGAGCUCUGCCGCAGACAGAGCGAAAUCGAAGCACUGAACAAAAAGUUGAUGCUGAUGGAAAACGAGCGGCUGGCUGUUCUGCCUCUGGCUCAAACUACAAACCUUCCCACAUCAUCAUCAUCUUCAUCUUCUUCCAAGAGAGAGCAUCACAACAAACUGCUGCCGCCUACUGGUGAUGGACUCAUUAUAGAUUCAGUUCAGACAAUGGGUUCUGAUGCUAGUGUCAGAGAGAAGGCGGACAUCCCAGCAAACCACACACCACCACCACAACCACAACCACCACCUGCUCAGACAGAAGAGAAGCAGUGUGAGCAACUCAAGUCUAACCAUUGUAGAAGGGACGACACAGACGAUGAGGACUUAAUAGUCAAACUCGAAGACGAGGACGACGUCCAAAUUGUGGAGCAAAUGGAGGAAUCCGAUAGUAGUGGUAACGAUGGAGCUGGUCACCAUGAGAUGGACACUAACCAGCAACCUGCUGGGGUCCUGGAAGAAAGAGAGGGCCAGCAGUGGACGUCUGUCUUAGUGGGGGACAGCGACACUAACGACACCUCAGACUGCCUUUUUGAACCAAAGCAGCUGUCACAAAGUCUGGACUCGGAAAUCCUGCUCAUUCAAAAUGCCUUGGACAUUUAUGACAGCUCGGCAGAGACAGCAUAUUCCGACAGAUUCAUGAGAGACAGCGGACAAGGUGCAUCGAGCAAAUCAAGGCCUUCUUUGACUUUCACCCAGGGUCAGACAAGUCAAGCAAUAAAUCCUUUAGAAGCAAUAAAUCUCCCAGAGAGAGGACUGUCCAUCAGAUUCCUCUCAGAGAAACAUGCACAAACUAAAAACAUGUCGUCUUUUAACUCUGACAGCAGAUUAUUCCUCUUAAAUGACCCAGAGUUUCAUAAAGCUAUGGCGAGCCACCGCAUUAAGGAGAAAUGGUUCAUCUGCCCAUUCUGUGGGAAAAGCUUUGAUCGUGUCAGCCAUCUGGAGAUACACGAGCGGAUUCACACAGGAGAGAAACCGUACACAUGUGAAGUUUGUGGCAAGUGUUUUUCUCAGAGGAGUAACCUUCGCACUCACCAGCGGACUCACAGAGAACUGAUGUCCCAAAAUGUAGUCUGACUUCACAGAUUCAGAGUUAUCUGUGUGGCAUUAAUGUCUAACAAAUUCUGUUUGUAUUUUGAUAUUAUUGAAAAGUGAUGUAGCUGACUGACUAGUACUGUGCAAUAUCUUUCUUUUUAAACCGUAUCGCUGACAUACCUAGGAUUGGUCGGACUGAAUAUUUUUUACUUGAUAAAUCUUUGUACAUCCAAAACAAGCAGGGGCACCCAGCUCCAAUAAUGAAGUUUUCAUAUCCUUAAAUUCCAAUGUGUAGGAUUCAGUCAAAUCUAGUGGAAGCAAUUCAAUAACUUCACAGAGGAAGCAGGUCGCAUUUUUGUUACCUGUAGGUCACCUGAAGUCUGCAUCCUCACCACUAGAUGUCAUGAAACCCACAAAUUGACUGUUUAAGGUCCAGUUUUAUGGGGAAAUAUGAAGAAAAAUAAAUAUAUUUAUAUUAAUGGUGAA